CUGCCAACACCAUGAACACACAACCAUUGUACUGGUGUCAUUCAUGCCAGAGAAAUAUGCAACCAAACCUGGAUGAUCUCACACCUCAGUGUUCCAACUGUCACUCGGAAUUUGUUGAAGAGAUUACAUCAGAUAGCAACACACAAGAAAUGCAGGACAUGUCUAAUCCAUUUGUAAGCAUAUUUUCAUUUGGCAAUACUUCACAUGCUGCAUCAAAUGAGACUGCAAGGGACACCCAGCCAGCCAAUAUAAUGUCUGCAUUGAUCGAUCAAUUGGGAUUAAAUCCUCAAGGAUUUCAGUCAGCGACAUUUACGACUUCGUUUCCUCGUGCAAGUAGCCAUCAUCCAGAUGCCACCAGAUCUACAUCUAAUUCUGAAGCCACAUCAACUUUGUUUACACAAACUAUUCCGAUAAAUGAGCUGUUUACCAACCCUGCUUUGUUUGGAGCUCCAUCUCAAUCAGACCAGUCCGCCUCUGAUGCAACUUCUAAUUUUGGUACAUCACAUCAAGCUCAUGUAAGAGCAGUAGAAGAAUUAUUUCGCAGUAAUAUACACGGAAAUCCAUCUGACCAGUCUCAUUCGCAGCCACAUGCUCAAUCUAGCCGUGUAUUUUUUGGCACUAUUCCAGAAGCAAUGAGAGCUGAUGUUCCAGGACGUACUCCGCUUGAGCAAGAUAUGUUUUUAAGAAUGGCCCAGCAAAUUGCACACAUUACCGGACAACUUCAUUCUCAAGUACCUGGGGCACAAAAUGGCCCUAUCCCUAUCGUUUCUGAUAGAAUAUUUGUGGAUAUAUUUGGAAUGGGAGGUGAUUCUGGGGACUAUCUGAAUAGUCAACAGUCAUUCGAGGAGUUUAUCUCACGAAUGAUGGAGCAGCAUGCGCAGUCGCAUCAUCCACCUGCAGCAUCAAAUGAUAUUAUUAAAAAUUUGCCACAUAAACCUUUUGAUAAGGCUACAUUUCCCGAGGAUGAAUGCUGUGUAUGCCAAGAGGGAUACAAACACGAUGAGAUUACAAUUGAAUUACCAUGCAAGCACGUCUUUCACCCUCUAUGCAUUACAAGCUGGCUAAAGCUAAAUGGAACAUGUCCGGUAUGCCGGUAUUCAUUAGUAGACAAUAGCGAUUCUUUUCCCACCGGCAAUAGAUCUGCCAGCCAUCCUGAAGCACCCACUAGUUCUACCGCGACUACUGCUCAAAAUGACAAUAGGGCUGCUCCAGGGACUACUACAAACACAGUCCCUGGAAUGGAUACUGCUGCGAACACCACUAACGUCGCUACAGGAAGUGCGACAGCUGAAACUGGAAUGUCUACAGCCAAUACUAUUUUUGCUGCCCUGUCAGAGUUGGCUACAAAUCUGGUUGGUGGAUCUACAAGACAGCACAGAUUAUUUCCAAGACCCACUGGAAAUUCUGGAAAUACUGGAAAUACUACUACAAAUGCAGAUCAUUCUGAAAGUUCUGCUGAAACCAAUACUGUGCCAUACACUUGGGAUGAUAGCUUAGACUAA